UCACAGUCCCCCCAAAUCAAAACAAACUUCAUUAUUUUUGUGCGUGGUGUGUUAAAAAUCUGGAAAAGAACUUGAUUUUUUUCGCGAAAUAGUCGUUGAAUCCCUCUUAAAAUUGUGGUAAAUUCGUAACAGUUCCAUCUCCAUGGAACCCACACCGAGUUCCGAUCCAGCUCCAGAGCAAAAAGCCGAAAAUGUGGCGGAAAAUGCCGAAACGACGAUCGAAGAUUCGGAAGCCGACCGCAAGGAGCUGGAUGAUUAUGUUGCCGAGAUCAGCGCCAAAUACGAGCAGAAAACGCAACUACGCUCGCAAAAUGUGAACCCGGAACGUCCGCCGGAAUCGUUUUUCACCAAAUGUGAUUCAAGCUUGAAGAAAAAUACGGCGUUCGUCAAAAAGUUGAAGCAGUUCACAGCUUCCCAGCUGGACGGCUUGUUGAAGGACAUGGCCGGGCUGAAUCUGACCAAGUACAUCUCGGAAGUAAGUGCCGCGAUUGUGGAAGCCAAGCUGAAGAUGAGUGACGUGCUACCGGCCUUGACGCUGUGCAGUAAACUUCACCAGACUUACGCGGAAUUCAGUCCGAGCUUUCUGGAAAACUGGCAGAAGAUAUUGCACGUCAAAGGAGGAGAAAAAAUUGGCAAUCCGAGCAAGAUGAGGGUGGACUUGAGGUUCUACGCCGAGCUGGUUAGCGUUGGGAUCUUCACUAAUAAAGUUGGGUUGCCUUUACUUGGGGCAUGCUUGACCGCUUUGAUAUCGCAGGAUAAGGAUGAACACAGCAAUUUGUCUAUUAUUCUGUCGUUCUGUCGACAUUGCGGAGAUGAAUAUGCCGGGCUAGUGCCAAGAAAGAUGCUGAAGUUGGCUAAACAGUUCGACGUAACGAUUCCUUCGUCAAAUUUACUCACUUCAGAUAAACAGCAAAACCUGAGGAACAUGCUGAAAGACUACUUCCAAACGCUUUGCGAGCAUUUGAAAAAUGAGCACAAACAACUUCAGUAUGCAGAGAAAUCCAGAAGAAGGAUGCUGGAAUCUAAGGGAGAGGUUCCAAAUGACAAGAAAGAGCAAAUCGAAAUGCUUCAAAACAGUUAUGAUAAACUUCUAACAUCCGCUCUAACCAUGGCGGACCUGCUGAAUGAAACACUGCCAGAACUCACCGUAGAAGUAGAAGCCUGCCCAUCAGAAGGGAACGUAAUCGAUAGUAUCGGAGAUGAGCAAUUUGCCAAUUUGGAUCCAUGGGGUGAUGAAGACACGCGCAAUUUCUAUGUCAAUCUGCCGGAUUUGCGACAGUUUCUUCCCAACUACUGUGGCAAGAAGGAAGAAGUCAUCCCGGACGAGCCGGCUAUGACAGAGGAAGUUCUCGACAUGGAAGUCGAGCAGGAACACGAAUGUGAAGAAGUGGGAGACCCUCCUUCGGAAAUCUCCGAAACAGCAGAGCCGGAAGAAGAGCCAACAACGGCUCCCAGUACCCCACAUCAUCACGCUAAUCGGGAGCACUUCGAAGCGUUUAUCGGCAAUCUACAAAAUUGCGUAAACACCGAACUGAUUGACUCGGCAGCGAUCGAAUUCCUGCUCAACCUGAAUACGAAAAACAACCGGAAAAGGCUCGUCAAAGUUCUUUUUGGCGUACAGCGGACACGUCUGGAUCUUCUCCCAAUGUACGCCCGGUUGGCAGCGAUCAUCAAUCUGGUGUCGGCUGACGUGGCCGUUGAUCUGUGUCAGAUGUUGAAGGUGGACUUCAAGUACCAGAUCAAGAAAAAGGAUCAAAUCAACAUCGAAACGAAGAUCAAGGUAGUACGGUACAUCGGGGAACUGGUGAAGUUCGGACUGUAUAACAAGAUCGAGGCGUUGUUUUGUCUGAAGUGCCUGCUGCUUAAUUUCCAACAUCACCACAUCGAGAUGACGUGCGCUUUCCUGGAAGUUUGCGGAGUUUACCUGUACAAUUCGAAAGACAGCCGCCUUCGUACUAAUGUGUAUCUCGAGCAAAUGAUGCGCCUCAAAACCAACACCACGAUGGACAGUCGACACGCACAACAGGUGGAUACGGCUUACUAUCUCGUCAAACAACCGGAAGGAAUGCGUAUCCAGCGAAAAGUACGCCCACUAUUCCACACCUACAUUCGGCAUUUAAUCUUCGAAGAGCUAAACAAGUCCAACGUUGAUAAGAUGAUAAAACUGCUACGACGCUUAGAUUGGGAGGAUCGUGAUAUCCACGACUACGCAGUCAAAUGUCUUUCCAAGGCGUACAGCAUCCGGUACCAUUUAAUACGGAGCUUGGCCGAUUUGGUGUCCGGGUUGAGCUCCUAUCAGGAGAAAGCCGUCGUCAAAGUAAUCGACGCCGUAUUCGAAGACAUCCGAGCUGGGUUGGAAAUUCACGACACCAAACUUGCCCAGCGGAGGAUUGCGAUGGCCAAGUAUCUAGGGGAGCUGUAUAACUAUCGAUUGGUGGAAUCGAAGAACGUUCUGAACACGCUUUACUCGAUCAUAUCGCUCGGUGUCAGUUCCAGUCACGACACGCCUUCGGAGGUGGAUCCCCCGGGGAGUUUGUUUCGGCUCAAGCUGGUUUGUGUUCUGCUGGAUACCUGCGGACAAUACUUCACUAGUGCAACUAGCCGUAAGGGGUUGGACUACUUUUUGAUAUUCUUUCAAAACUACUAUUGGUUCAAAAAGUCAGAUCCGAUUUUUACGAGCGAUACGAAUAAGGACCUCUUUCCUAUCCUGGUUGACCAUAUGUAUAAGGAAUGUUUUAAAAAUUUGCGGCCGAAAUUAAAGCUCUUGACCAGCUAUGAUGCCUCCAAGGAAGCUAUAGAGAAUAUAGCCAAGAAAGUAUAUCCCCAACUGUUCAGCCCCCGAGAUGACGACGAACGCAGUCUUAAAACGAUCCAAGAGAACGAUACCGACAAGGAUGACACGGUUACGGAAGAUUGCACGUCGGAAGCAUUUGGAGAUUCGGAAGACGACGACGAGAAUCCGCGCAUUCAAAGAGGCGAAGACGACGAUGGCAUGGAUGACGAUAUGGUUGAUGAUGAGGACGAUGACGAAGGGGAUCUGAAUCAUGACCUUGAUACACUGCUUAAACCGAUGCCAGUAGAAAAAACUGUAGAAGAUUUGGAGUUUGAGAAGGAAUUCGAACGGAUGGCAACGGACAGUUUUCUGGAGCGCUUGAAGGAACCAGUGAAGCUCAACAUCAAAGAUAUUCCGGUGCCGAUUACAAUGAGAAGCAGCGGAGCGAAGAAGACGUACGAGCAAUUGCAGGAAAACAAGGAGAAGUCAGACUCUGUUCCGUUUGUACUAAUGGUUAGAGGUAAAGGCAAGCAACAGCAGUACAAAUCCUUCGAAGCGCCAUCGGACAGUCAACUGGCAAUAUACGUGAAAGAUCAAGAGCAGAAAAUGAAGGAAGAGAACGAUAGCGUUAAGCGACUAACGCUGAAUAUCACCGAACGGCUAGAAGAGGAAGACUACCAAGAAUCGCUGCUCCAAAGUCAACGAACACCGGCAAGUACCAAAAUACGAAUACAAAAGCCACCCAAAUUCAAACAUCCCAAGGGUGUCCCAGAUGUUGAUGCAAUUUUCCAUUAAGCUUAGCUUUCUGUGCAUUCGGAUUGUUAGUCGUAGUCAUUAAACGAGUGAAAACAUCCUAA